UCAGCUCUAUAGUUCACAUAACCAUGUCUAGUUUCGAAGGCUACUUAUUCCUCAUACUUAUAUGCCUGAUCUCCACCAUCUUCAUCGUAAAAUUCUUCAAAUCUACUCGUGCAAAAUCUAAUCUUCCACCAAGCCCAUUUCGCCUUCCCAUCAUCGGACAUCUCCAUCUCCUCACUCCACUCCCUCAUCAAGCUUUUCACCGUCUUUCUCUCCGAUAUGGGCCGAUAUUUCAGCUAUUUAUGGGCUCUGAACCUUGCGUUGUCGCUUGUUCACCAGAAACAGCCGUAGAGUUGCUUAAAACCUCUUUAGAUCGACCUCAAAAUACAGCUGUUACUCACAUAACUUACGGAUUAAAGGACUUCGCCUUUGCUCCAUACGGAACACAUUGGAAGUCCAUGAAGAAAAUAGUCAUGUCACAACUCCUAAAUGGUAAAGCAAUUGACUUGCUCCAACCAGAUAGGCGCGAUGAGAUUACUCGUUUUUUAAAAACUUUAUCUGAAAAGGCCAGUGUUGGUAAAGCGGUAAAUCUUGAAGCCGAACUGGUGAAGGUGACUAAUAAUUUGAUAACAAGAAUAACUUUGGGCCAAAGAUGUUCAGAAAAUGCUGGUGAGGCAGAUGAUAUAAGGAAACUGAUUUACGAAAUAACUGAGGUGAUUGGUAUAUUCAACCUUUCAGAUAGCAUUCGCCUGCUUAAAAGACUAGACUUGCAGGGACUUCUGAAAAGAGCUAAGGACAUUCAUAGAAGAUAUGAUGCAUUAAUAGAGAAGAUCAUGAAAGAGCAUGAAGAGGCAAGAAAGAAAGGGACACAGCCUGAAGGGAAGGACUUGCUUAACCUUCUACUAGAUAUGGCAGAAGAUGAAAGCAUGGAGAUAGAUUUGUCCAGAGAAAACAUCAAAGCCUUCAUUCUGAAUAUAUUUGUUGCAGGAACAGACAAUUCAGCGAUUACCACAGAAUGGGCUUUAUCAGAACUCAUUAAUCAUCCAAAGGUUAUGAAAAAAGCUAUCGAAGAAAUCGACCAUGUUGUUGGCAAAAACAGACUUUUACAAGAAUCAGACAUACCAAACCUUCCCUACCUCCAAGCAAUUAUCAAGGAAACGUUACGUCUCCAUCCACCGGUCCCAAUGAUUCCAAGAAGAUCAAUAGAAGAUGGCACUGUGGCAGGCUACAACAUUCAAGCAAACACUACUGUUUUUAUCAAUGUGUGGGCUGUUGGCCGAGACCCGAACUACUGGGAAAGCCCACUUGAAUUCAGACCUGAAAGAUUUCAAGAGAACCGGUUGGAUGUAAGAGGACAACACUCUGAGUUUUUACCAUUUGGAAGUGGGGGGAGGAUGUGUCCAGGGACUUCAUUAGGGUGGAAGAUGGUGCAUGCAACAUUCGGUGCAAUGCUUCAGUGCUUUGAGUGGAAGGCUGGGAAAGAUGGGAACCUUCCUAGAGUUGAUAUGGACGAGGGUAUUGGCUUAAGCAAUCCUAGAGCAAACCGUUUGGUUUGUGUUCCUGUUGCGCGACUUGAUCCAACACUAUUAUCAAUAAAUUAGUUUAUGGGUUGUUUUGUUGAGAUUAAUAUUCAUAGAAGUGGUCGUUGCAUAACCUUUGGAGUCUUGUUUGAGUCAUGUGAUAGAUUUUGAAUAAUGCUAUUUGUUAGCAAAGUUUGUUAUUUCAUUUUGUUGUUCGAGUCUGUAAGCUUAUCCACAUAAGCAACCCAUUUACUUGGAAUAAUAUUCAUCUAGUUAAUUGUCA